GCCACGUGACUCCGUUUGGGGCGGAGCAAGAUGGCGGCGCCCAGGAAAGCAGCGUGAAAGCGUUGCCGGGGGAGCCCCGUCCGGACCAGAAUCGCUUCAGUUGCCGAAGUGCGCAGCCUGUCGCCAUGUCGCGACUUAUCGUCAAGAACCUGCCGAGCGGGCUGAAGGAAGAGCGAUUCCGGCAGCUUUUCGCAGCCUUUGGCAGCCUGACUGACUGCAGCCUCAAAUUCACCAAGGAUGGCAAGUUCCGCAAGUUUGGCUUCGUCGGUUUCAAGUCUGAGGAGGAGGCACAGAGGGCCCUGGACCACUUCCACAGGAGUUUCAUCGACACUUCUCGGGUCACGGUGGAGUUCUGCAAGUCAUUUGGAGACCCAUCUAAGCCCCGAGCCUGGAGCAAACACUCCCAGAAAGCCACGCAGCCAGGGAAACCUGAAGAAAGCCCAGUGGCCUCAGAAACUCAGAAGGACAAAAAGAGAAAAAAGGCAACAGGAGAACUGGAAAAGCUGAAGAAAGAUGUUGAGUUUCAGGAAUUCCUGAUGGUUCAUCAGAAGCGAACACAGGUGGCCACUUGGGCAAAUGAUACCGUGGGAGUGGAACCAAAGAAAGGGAAGGCCAAGAGGGAUGAUGACUACCUGAACUUUGAUUCUGACUCGGGACAAGAGAGUGAAGAAGAAAUAGAUGAUGAAGACUCUGAAACAGAGGAAAGCCCUGAGGUGAAAGCAGCAGAGCUGAAGGAGCUUUCUGACAUGGACUACUUGAAAUCUAAGGUGGUGAGAGCGGAUUCCUCAGAGGAGGAGGAAAGUGAAGAUGAGGCAAUGGCAUGUGAAGAGGAAGGCAGUGAUGAAGAGGAGGAGCAGCUGACCCCGGGCACCAGAGGCUCUGAGAGCCUCAGGGAGAAGAGAGCCGGCCCAGGAGAAGGGGAUGCCGUGCCUGGGGGCAAGAGACCCCCAGCAGCCAAGGGAGAGGUGACGAAGCCAGCCACCCAAUCCGAGCCCACCACUGCUUACACAGUGAAGCUGCGUGGAGCACCAUUUAAUGUCACUGAGCAAAAUGUUAGAGAAUUUCUGGUGCCCCUCAAGCCUGUGGCCAUCCGCAUUGUGAGAAACGCUCACGGGAACAAGACAGGUUACGUCUUUGUGGAUUUCAGCAGUGAAGGGGACAUGGAGAAAGCCCUACAGCACAACAGGGAAUACAUGGGUGGCCGCUACAUUGAGGUCUUCAGGGAGAAGGGGAGCCGCGUGGCCCCAAAGCACCGGAAGGACAACAAGAAGGUGUGGCAGGGCCGGGAGCUCAAGGAAGGCGAGGAGGAGGAGGACCUGGCCGACUCCGGGAGGCUCUUUGUGAGAAAUCUGCCAUACACCAGCACCGAGGAGGACCUCGAGAAGAUGUUUGCCAAAUACGGUCCCCUGUCUGAAGUCCAUUAUCCCAUAGAUGGUCUGACCAAGAAACCAAAGGGCUUUGCUUUCAUCACGUACAUGUUUCCCGAGCACGCAGUGAAGGCCUACGCAGAAGUGGACGGACAGGUCUUCCAGGGCCGGAUGCUCCACGUGUUACCCUCCACCAUUAAGAAGGAGACCAGCAAAAGCUCAGAUGCAACAUCAUCUUCCUACAAGAAGAAGAAGGCAUUGAAGGACAAAGCCAGCAGUUCCAGCUCUCACAAUUGGAAUACACUGUUUAUGGGGACAAAUGCCGUGGCUGAAGCUGUCGCACAGAAGUACAAUGCCACGAAAAGUCAAGUAUUUGACCAUGAGAUCAAAGGCAGCGUAGCUGUGCGGGUGGCCCUGGGGGAGACUGAGCUGGUCCAGGAGGUGCGUCGGUUUCUGAUUGAGAAUGGCGUGAGCCUGGAUUCCUUCAGCCAGGCUGCCGGGGAGAGGAGCAAGUCUGUGAUUCUAGUGAAGAACCUCCCUGCAGGGACACGGGCCUCUGAACUGCAGGAGAUUUUCAGCCGCCACGGCAGCCUGGGCCGCGUACUACUGCCCGAGGGAGGCGUCACGGCCAUCGUGGAAUACCUGGAGCCUCUGGAAGCCAGGAGAGGCUUCACCAGCCUGGCCUAUUCCAAGUUCCAUGAUGUUCCCUUGUAUCUGGAAUGGGCACCAAUGGGGGUCUUCUCUGGCCGCCUUCCUCAGCAGAAAGAACAAGAUGAGAAACCUGGAGGAAAAGAGGCAGCUCAGACUGAAGCUGGGCCAGAUGACGAAGCUACAGAAAACACGCAAGAGAAAAAAGCAGCAGCCCUGGAAGAAAAAACAGAUGCCCUUGGCGAGGAAGAGGAUGAUGAAGAUGAAGACGACGAAAGUCUUCCGGGGUGUACUUUGUUCAUCAAAAACCUCAAUUUCUCCACAACAGAGAAGACACUGAAAGAAGUUUUCUCCAAAGUCGGAAUGGUGAAGAGCUGUACUGUUUCCAAGAAAAAGAACAAAGCAGGUGUUUUACUGUCCAUGGGGUUUGGCUUUGUGGAAUACAGGAAGCCAGAGCAGGCCCAGAAAGCCCUCAAACAGCUCCAGGGCUGCAUGGUGGACGACCACAAGCUAGAAGUGAAGAUUUCCGAGAGGGCCAUCAAGCCAGCUGUGACGUCAGCUCGGCAGAAGCAGACGGCCCGCAAGCAGAGGACAUCUAAGAUCUUAGUCCGGAACAUCCCAUUCCAGGCCAACGUGCGGGAAAUCCGAGAGCUGUUCAGCACCUUCGGGGAGCUGAAAACAGUUCGUUUGCCAAAGAAGAUGACAGGGACGGGCCCCCACCGUGGGUUUGGCUUCGUGGAUUUCUUAACCAAACAAGAUGCCAAGAGAGCUUUCAAUGCCCUGUGCCACAGUACCCAUUUAUAUGGGAGAAGACUGGUCCUGGAGUGGGCAGACACAGAAGAGACAGUCCAAGCCUUGAGACGGAAGACAGCUCAGCAUUUUCAUGAUUCCCCAAAGAAAAGGCGGUCUGUGGUGUUGGACGAGAUCCUGGAGCAGCUGGAGGAGGGCGAGAACGAGGACGGCGAGUAGCAGAUACUUCAGCUCCGCUCUGGCGGAGAGAGGUACACAGCUGGUCCUCCUCAGCGAAGCUCUGGAGAGAGCUGGUUCCUUCCUGUCUUCUAGCCCUGGCUUGUUUGAAAUGGAGAGGAGAACACACUCACCUGGUACCAUCCAAAUUCAGCCUGUUCUGGCCUCCAAUCAGAAUCCAACAAUGCAGACACAGGUAUAAGAGACCAAGUUUUCUCCACCCAAAAGCCACACAUCCUCCCCAUUCCAACCCCCAUAUUUGGAAACCAAUUCUACAGAAAAGAAUUUACUCCUGGCACAAAAAGUCUGUUAGCAAGAAGAGCGAGAUGGAGUCUUGAAAUUCACAUUUGGUGGUGUGGCCCUUUAAGCUGGGGCAUUGACGCUAUUCACUGAACAGUAAGGCUCAAGCCCUGAAGGAUCCUCUCUCCUA